AUGGGGUUGGGAGGCAGCCUGGGUGUUGCUCUAGUCUGCUGGGUGCUGGCUGAAGCAGUAUCUUAUAGCCCCUGGGGUUUCCCUCAAAGGGACCCGGGGGUCUUGAGGGUCUGGGGGGACUCUGCUUGGAGCCGGCCCCGUGUGCCUUCCUUCUCCCAGCCCUCCCCCUGGGCAUGGGUGGAUGUGUCCCAGCUCCAGGCUGUGGCCCCACUGCACCCCGUGGCUGUGCAGUGCCAGGAGGCGCAGGUGGUGGUCACGGUGCACAGGGACCUCUUUGGUACGGGGCGGCUGGUCAGGGCUGUGGAGCUGACCCUGGGCUCGGCUGGCUGCCUGCCUGUGGCCCCGAGUGCUGCUGAGGGCACCGUGACCUUCGUGGCUGGACUGCACGAGUGUGGCAGCACCUUGCAGGUGACAGCAGAAUCCUUGAUCUACAAAACAAGCUUGUCCUACAAGCCUACUCCUUCUGCCAACCUGGUUGUUGUAAGGACCAGCCCAGCUGUGGUUCCCAUAGAGUGUCACUAUCCCAGAAAGAGCAAUGUGAGCAGCAAUGCUGUCCAGCCCACGUGGGCUCCCUUGCAGUCCACCUUGUCGGCAGAGGAGAAGUUGAUGUUCUCCCUGCGCCUCAUGAAUGAUGACUGGAGUGCUGAGAGACUCUCCAAUGGCUUCCAGCUGGGGGAAAGCCUGCACCUCCAGGCUGAUGUUGCUUCUGGGAACCAUGUACCUCUAAGGCUCUUUGUGGAUGAGUGUGUUGCUACUCUGAGUCCAGGCAGGAGGUCCUCUCCCCAGUAUGCCUUGAUUGACCUCAGCGGGUGCUUGGUGGAUGGGAGAUCAGAUGACACCACUUCAGCCUUUAUCUCUCCAAGGCCAAGGCAGGAAACACUGCAGUUCAUGGUUGAUGCAUUCAAGUUUGCAGGAGAUGACAGAAAUUUGAUCUACAUCACCUGCCACUUGAAGGUCUCCCCAGCUGACCAAGCCCCAAAUCCAUUGAACAAAGCUUGUUCCUUCAACAAAGCCAGCAGCCUGUGGGCUCCUGUGGAGGGUACUGGAGACAUCUGCAGCUGCUGUGAGACAGGCAACUGUCCAUUGUAUGGAAGAUACUCACAAAGAAUUAAUCCUCUGGCCAGGUGGUCAGGGAGGCGCUUGAAGAGAGACGUCCCUUCCAAGCAAGGUGGGUCCUCAAAGACAGCAGAGGCUGAAGUCUCAGUUGGGCCACUACUGAUCCUUGAUCCAGCUCAGGGAUUAUGGAGCUCCUCAGGAGGUUUUGCAACAGCAGGGAAGACAUCACAUGGUGCUGCUGAAGGGCUUCCUGUGCUGGUCCAAGCUGCCAUGCUUGCAGCAGCCAUUGUGCUGAGCUUAACUGCUCUGGGGCUGUUUCUUCUGUGCAGAAAAAUGUAG